CAAUUCACUCAUUCCCUGAUUUGUUUCUUCUCUUAAACUAAUCUUUGGUUUGACUUUACAUGUCUUGAGGUUAAAUCAGAUCCAAUCCUAUUAACUAUUUUAUAUAUUACUACUCUAGUUUCUAAAACUUGCAGAUUCAAGAGGCACACCCCUUUCUUGGUGUAACUGUUAAAUCUUAAAUGAAAUUUUUUCUUCUUCUGUCAUCAUCAAUGGUCCAACCUGUAACUCUCUCAUUCAUCACUCUCUUUUAGAAACCAAACCUCAGAAGAAACAGUGAAGCUUCUCUCUUUUUCUCUUACAGCUUCCAUGUCUGAAACCAACAACAAAGCUUAACUCUUUUGUAAGUAAGUAAGCAAGCAACCCUCUUCUUGAUUUGUCUUUUUUUUUUCUCACAAACCCUAUGAACUUUUCUCGAGAAAAUAUGAUCAAGACAACUCAGAAUCUCCUCUCUCCUUCAUCACUUCCACGAUCCAACACAAACUUCGAUCUAAACAGCAAGAUCAGUCCAAGCAUUCUCCUAAUAAUCAUAAUCCUCUCAAUUAUUUUCUUCAUCUCCGGCCUCCUCCAUCUCUUAGUCAGGUUCCUCCUCACGCCAUCGAGCAGAGACAGCGAAGAUUACUUCGACAACGUCACUGCUCUUCAAGGCCAGCUUCAGCAGCUUUUCCACCUCCACGAUUCCGGAGUCGACCAAUCCUUCAUCGACACGUUACCUGUUUUCCACUACAAGUUCAUCAUUGGUCUCAAGAACUACCCCUUUGAUUGCGCCGUGUGUCUCUGUGAGUUCGAAACAGAGGACAAGCUCAGGCUUUUGCCUAAAUGCAGCCACGCCUUUCACGUUGAUUGUAUCGACACGUGGCUUCUCUCUCACUCGACUUGUCCCUUGUGCAGAUCGAGUCUCCUCUCUGAUCUCUCUCCUCAGCGAGAUCCUCGUCCUUCGUUUCUCCUCGUUCUUGAAUCCGCUAGUGAGCAUAGCUCGAGAGAGAUUGCUUGUGUGGCUGGCAAUGAUGCGCAUACUAAUGCUCAUUCACGGUCCAAUUCUCAACUGGGUUUUGUCGGAAACAAUGAUAUUGGACCGACUCGGUUUGGUUCGGGUCGUGGAGACCAAAACCAAGAUGGUGAGUUGGGUGGUUCGGUUGAAAAGGUUUUUCCUUUUGCAGUUAAGUUAGGUAAAUUUAGGAACACUGAUAUUGAAGAAGGAAGUAAUAGCAACAACAACAUUUGUAAUAAUAGCAGUUUAGAUGAUAGGAGGUGUUUUUCAAUGGGGUCAUAUGAGUAUAUAAUGGAUGAAGAAACUGCACUUAAGGUUCAUGUUUCAACCAAGAAAGUACCAAGCAAGAACCGUCCCUUACCCGGCCACAGGGCGGCUAUGUCUGAAUGCGGUUUUGAUCCAUCAGGGAGAUUGAAAUUCAAUGGGAGCGGAUCGAUGAGGAUCGUUGAUGAGGCCACAGAGAAGAAUGUAGUUGAAAGGGAGAGUUUUUCGGUAUCGAAAAUUUGGCUAAGGGGUAAGAAGGAGAAACCUAGUAAGGUUCAAGGCAAAGAGGAUGGUUCAUUGGUUUCAUCAUCUUCAGGAAGAGCAUUCUCUUUGGUGCUAUCGAACCAGGAUGCGAAAAAUGAAAGCAGUUGUGAAGAAGUGAAUCAAAAGGGCGAAAACUCGUCAUCUUUGGAGGUGAAAACACCAUCGUUUACUAGGAGGACCAUGCUUUGGCUUGCAGGGAGACAAAACAAGGUUGUUCAUUCUUCUUCUUCAUCUAAUGUCUAGUUUCUAUAUACAUAUUUCUUUUCAAGUUUUAGUUAUUUUUCAAUUGUUACUUUGUGUUAGUCCUCAUAAGUGCAAAACCAGAUGAAUCAUUGUAGAAACAUGGUGUUGAGAUAUAUUGUUAGACAUAGAGGUUGAAAACA